AUGGGGUCCGUUGCGAGCCCCGCAGAAGCCGUCGCGAGAAUCGCCUACCUCGCCAGCGAUGUCGUUCUCUCCGUCCAGCCAUCGCUGAGCACCGAUUCCGAGUUUUCUUAUCACUUAUCCCGAUUUAUUGCGAAUAAUGCAAAGAAUUUCGUCUCGAAAUCCCUCCCCGAGAUCAUCCCUGUGCGCCAAAAUGCAGACCCUCUGCUUUCUGCGUACACGCCCCUGCAGGCCGGGAAAUUGGUCUCGGCCACGGCUCCCUCCUCUAUUCUAUUGAACUCGGUACCUCAUCUGUAUAAACUCUCCCAAUAUCCGAUCGUCCUACAUGUGGCGCUGGGAACACCUCAGGCAGACUUCUCAGAAAUUAGCUCGAUCAGACAAUGCGGCUUUACUUUCUUGCAGUCGGAGACUCUCCAAGAGGCACAGGAUAUUGCGUUGACAGCUCAUGCCUUGGCUGUGAGAAGUGGUAAAGGUGUCAUUCACUUCUACGAUCCCGGCAAUUCCGCCCAGGACAAUCCAGUCGCGAUCGAAAGUCGCGAGCUGGUCCAAGCACUUCUUGAGACUGGUGUUAAAGCUGCACAUUCGGGUGAAACCGAACAGACGCUCUAUGCCAGCAGUGGAAGAACUGCCACCGUCACGGAUCUUGGUCUGCCCGAAGUUGCUCCUCCGCAAGCCCCCGCAACGACCUCGAGUGAUAUUUUACCUCCUGUUGCCGUUCCAACGUCAACAAAUGGACAUACCGAGAUAUCCUCGGCGACUUCUUUGUCUUCACGACGGCAGAGCUCUUCAGGUAGCACCGCGCCGUCUUCACUCGCGACUACGAUAGAAACACCGGUUUCUCGCGCAGUGAACGCUACUGACAUAUUUAACUAUGUCACUGAGAUCUGGUCUGCAAUCGCUCACAUAACUGGCCGCAGCUAUUCUGCAAUUGAAUACUCAGGUCCGCCGGACGCCGAGGCCGCUCUAUAUAUUUUUGGCUCAACUGGAGUAUUUGUUGACAUCCUCGACUCUGAUGAUGUGCCAGCCGAUCUUUCGGGCCUUGGUAUAAUCACAGCUCGACUUUACCGGCCAUGGCUUGGUAGCGCUGUUCUUCUGGACUCUAUCCCUAAAACAAUCCAGAAGAUUGCGGUGCUAGAGCAGAUAAGAAGGAAAACUACCAAGUGGGGCCCUGCUUUCCUUGAUCUGUUGUCAAGUUUGAACCCUGGUGCCGGUGGGCAAAGUGCAAUCUCUCUAGUCCAGUACAGACUUGGCCAGAUUGAUGCAUCAACAGCACUGCAAGCACUUCGUGGCAUUUUCCAGAAUCUCGCACCUCCAGUUACCCCCCGAAAACACUCCCGUCGUCGCGGUUAUUCUCAGGCCGCGGCGAUCUCGAUCCAGAAUCUUAGUAUUGGCCACGAGGUUGAGCCAACAGUUGAUAGUUUUACCCCUGAACAGCCGGAGGUUGAAAAUGCCUAUCUCAAAAUCCUUGACCAGUUGUUCAGCAACAGACUUUACAUUGCAAAUCUGCUCGACAAGAAGAAUGCAGGUGUCUCCUCCACGAUUGCAGCAUCACCUGAGUAUGGGUUUGGUUCUCUGCUUGCCCGAACCGAACGACGGCAACAAUUUGUCAAGGAGGCGGAAGGGGCUGCCCGCAGCAAUCAAUUUAUCACCGAAUCUCCCAAGCAAUGGCUGUCAAGAUGGGCGUUGAACGCCCAUGACUCCGUGAAAGCGAAUGAAAUUGCUCCGGAGGUGGUUGCACGUCUGUCCACAGAUGGCUCAAGGCUAGCAAACUCACUUCUUGACCAAAAGGCAUUCUUUUUCAAGGAGGCACAGUGGCUGAUCGGUUCCGAUGCUUGGGCGUAUGAUCUAGGCAAUUCUGGAGUUCAUCAUGUUCUCGCCUCAGGCGCCAACGUCAACUUGCUCAUCAUCGAUUCGGAACCCUAUUCAGAACGAGCUGCAGCAGAUUCAAUGAGACGUAAGAAAGACAUUGGUCUCUAUGCCAUGAACUUCGGUAAUGCCUACGUCGCCUCAGUGGCUGUAUACAGCUCUUACACACAAGUCCUGCAAGCAAUGAUCGAGGCUGAAAGAUUUAAUGGGCCAUCGGUCGUUUUGGCUUAUCUUCCUUACCAUAAGGAAAACGAUUCACCAUUGACAGUCCUGCAAGAAACCAAAAAAGCCGUCGAUAUGGGCUAUUGGCCCUUGUACAGGUGGGACCCAUCGAAUGAAGACAAAGGGGAGCCCACAUUCUCACUCGACUCUGAACGCAUUAAACGGGAAUUAGAGGAAUUCUUGCGACGCGACAAUCAGCUGACACAGGUGAUGAAUCGCCAUCCUCACUUUGCCGCCAGCCUUUCGGAAUCGUAUGGUUCUGAAGUGCGCAAGUUGCAGAAACGCAAAGCGAAGGACGCGUAUGAACAGAUGUUAGAAGGCUUGUACGGAGCGCCACUGACGGUUCUAUUUGCUUCUGACAACGGCAAUGCCGAGGGGCUCGCGAAAAGACUGGGCAACCGUGGAAAAGCUCGAGGGUUGAAGACCAUGGUAUUCGCCCUGGACGACUACCCACUUGAGGACCUUCCAAACGAGGAGAACGUGGUGUUCAUAACUAGCACAGCUGGACAAGGUGAAUUCCCACAAAACGGUCGUGCGUUCUGGGAAGGUAUCAAGGACGCUGCGGAUCUUGAUCUUUCCAAUGUCCACUACUCGGUCUUUGCGCUUGGAGAUAGCCACUAUUGGCCACGAAAAGAGGACAAGAUUUUCUACAACAAGCCUGGAAAAGAUCUCGACUCUCGCAUCCAGUUUCUAGGAGGCAAGCUGUUGACAGCUAUUGGUUUAGGCGACGAUCAGGAUCCCGAUGGCUUUCAAACCGCAUACCAAGAUUGGGAACCUACGCUCUGGCGGGCACUCAACGUCGCUAACGUGGAAGGUUUGCCGGAAGAGCCACCGCCGUUGACCAACGAAGACAUCAAGCUGGCGUCCAACUAUCUUCGAGGCACCAUUGCAGAAGGACUCGCCGAUACUUCAACUGGUGCUAUCUCGGCAUCAGAUCAGCAGCUAACCAAAUUCCACGGCACAUAUCAACAAGAUGACCGCGACCUGCGUGAUGAGCGGAAAGCUCAAGGUCUCGAGCCCGCCUAUGCAUUCAUGAUCAGAUGUCGGCUGCCUGGAGGUGUGGCUACUCCCUCUCAAUGGGUUCAUAUGGAUGCAAUUGCUUCGGCUCAUGGCAAUGAAACCAUAAAACUGACCACCAGGCAAACAUUCCAAUUUCACGGCGUCAUCAAAUCGAAGCUAAGACCGGCUAUGCGAGCAAUCAACAAGGCACUCAUGACGACAAUCGCGGCCUGUGGUGAUAUCAACAGAAAUGUCAUGUGCUCGAGUUUGCCGACCAUGUCGGAAUAUCACCAGGAAGUCCACGCCGUUUCAAAGAGGAUAUCCGACCAUCUCUUGCCUUCCACCACCGCCUAUCAUGAAAUUUGGUUGAAGGACGAUACCACCGGUGAGAAGACACAAGUCGCCGGCGACGCCGUUCAAGACUUUGAACCCCUUUACGGCCCGACCUAUCUCCCACGAAAGUUCAAGAUCACGAUUGCCAUCCCUCCCCACAAUGACACCGACGUCUACGCUCACGAUGUCGGUCUGAUCGCAAUCCGGUCAAAGGACAACGGCCACCUAGAGGGCUUUAACAUCCUCGCCGGAGGCGGCAUGGGCGUGACACACAAUGACAAGAAGACUUAUCCUCGACUGGGAUAUAUGAUGGGCUAUGUGCCUGCCGACGUGGCACACUUGGUGUGUGAAAAGAUCAUGCUCGUGCAACGUGACAACGGCGACCGGAAGAACCGCAAGCACGCACGGCUCAAGUACACCAUGGACGACAUGGGCAACGAGGUCUUCAAGUCGAAAGUCCAAGACCUCCUCACGCCUCUGGGGAUCACCUUCGAGACACCGCGGCCCUAUAAGUUCGAUUCAAACAUUGACACAUUCGGCUGGCUGCGCGACGAAAAGGGCAUGAACCACUUUACGUUCUUUAUCGAGAACGGCCGCGUCGAGGACACGGCCGAUUUCCCCAUGCGCACGGGCCUGAGAGAAAUCGCCAAGAUCCACCAGGGCGAAUUCCGCCUGACGGGCAACCAACACCUGAUCCUGUCCAACGUGACCGAUGAGGCCAAACCGGCCAUCGUCGAGUUGAUGAAGAAGUACAAGCUGGACAACACGCAGUUCACGGGCAUGCGGCUGUCCAGCUCCGCGUGCGUGGCCUUCCCGACCUGCGGGCUCGCCAUGGCCGAGUCGGAGCGCUACCUGCCGACGCUGAUCAGCAAGCUGGAGGGGUGCCUGGAGGAGAACGGCCUCUCGCAGGACUCGAUCGUGAUGCGCAUGACGGGCUGUCCGAACGGCUGCGCGCGGCCCUGGGUCGCCGAGGCGGCCUUCGUCGGCAAGGCCUACGGCGCCUACAACAUGUACCUGGGCGGCGGGUACCACGGCCAGCGGCUCAACAAGCUGUACCGCAGCAGCAUCAAGGAGGACGAGAUCUUGGAGAUCAUGCAGGGCCUGCUGGGCCGGUACGCCAAGGAGCGCAACGCCGGCGAGAGGUUCGGCGACUGGACGAUCCGCGCCGGCGUCAUCCACGAGACCACCGAGGGCAAGAACUUCCACGAGAACACGGCCGAGGAGGAGAGCGAUGCCGAGUAA